AUUGCCCACUUUCUCUCAAGUUCAGAAGCAGCCUGCCAGGCACUGGAGCCCAAAUGAAGCCCCCAGGCCCUGCCCGUGCCUGUGGCAUCGUGCUGGUCCUGCUCUCGCUGCUGGCUGUCCUCCAGAUCACCGGUGCCCAAAAGAAUGCCAUCGACAUCUACAGCCUCACUGUGGACUCCAGGGUCUCCUCCCGGUUUGCCCACACGGUCAUCACCAGCAGGGUGGUCAACAGAGCAGAUUCCAUGCAGGAGGCCACCUUCCAGAUAGAGCUGCCAAAGAAAGCCUUCAUCACCAACUUCUCCAUGAUCAUCGACGGUGUGACGUACCCAGGGAACAUCAAGCAGAAGGAUGCAGCCCAGAAGCAGUACAGUGCGGCCGUGGCCAGGGGGGAGAGCGCUGGCCUCGUCAAGGCCAUUGGGAGAAAGAUGGAGCAGUUCCAGGUGUCGGUGAGUGUGGCCCCCGCUGCCAAGGUCACCUUCGAGCUGGUGUAUGAGGAGUUGCUCAAGCGGCGCCUGGGAGUGUAUGAGCUGCUGCUGAAAGUGCAGCCCCAGCAGCUGGUCAAGCACCUGCAGAUGGACAUUCACAUCUUUGAGCCUCAGGGCAUCAGCUUUCUGGAGACAGAGAGCACCUUCAUGACCAAUGAGCUUGCAGACGCCCUCACCGUCUCACAGAACCAGACCAAGGCUCACAUCCGAUUCAAGCCGACGCUCUCCCAGCAACAGAAGUCUACAGAGCAACAGGACACAGUCGUGGAUGGCGACUUCAUCAUCCGCUAUGAUGUGAACCGCACCCUCUCUGGAGGCUCCAUUCAGAUCGAGAAUGGCUACUUUGUGCACUACUUUGCCCCCGAGGGUCUCUCCAAGAUACCCAAGAAUGUGAUCUUUGUCAUCGACAGGAGUGGCUCCAUGAUGGGCAAGAAAAUCCAGCAGACGCGGGAAGCUCUCAUCAAGAUCCUAGAGAACCUCAGGCCCGAAGACCACUUCAACCUCAUUAGCUUCAGCAGUGAAGCAAGCCCGUGGAAGCCAUUGUUAGUGCCAGCUUCCACCCAGAACGUGGAGGAGGCCAAGCAAUAUGCUAACAGCAUCCAGGCCCAGGGAGGAACCAAUAUCAACGAUGCAAUGCUGUUGGCCGUGCAGCUGCUGGACAUAGCCACCCGGGAGGAGCAGCUGCCCUCAGGGAGCGUCUCCCUCCUCCUCCUCCUCACUGAUGGCGACCCCACUGUGGGCGUGACCAACCCCACGAAGAUCCAGAAGAAUGUGCAGGAGGCCAUAGGCGGUCAGUACAGCCUCUUCUGCCUGGGCUUUGGCUUCGACGUCAGCUACGCCUUCCUGGAGAAGCUGGCGCUGGACAACGGCGGCCUGGCUCGGCGCAUCUACGAGGACUCGGACUCCGCCCUGCAGCUGCAGGACUUCUACCAGGAGGUGGCCAACCCCCUGCUGACCACAGUGACCUUCGAGUACCCAGGCAAUGCCGUGGAGGAGGUCACGCAGGACAACUUCCCGCUGUUCUUCAAGGGCUCUGAGAUGGUAGUGGCCGGGAAGCUCCGGGCCCAGAGCCCUGAUGUGCUCUCAGCCACAGUCAGCGGGCAGCUGCCCACGGAGAACAUCACCUUCCAAAUGGAGUCCCAGGUGGCGAAGCAGGAAGAGGAGUUUCAAAAGCCCAAGUACAUCUUCCACGGCUUCAUGGAGAGACUCUGGGCGUACCUGACCAUCCACCAACUCCUGGAGCGAAUGGUUUCCGCAUCCGAUGCCGAGAAGCAGGCCCUGGAGACCCAAGCUCUGGGCUUGUCGCUCAACUAUAGCUUUGUCACCCCCCUCACAUCCAUGGUGGUCACCAAACCUGAAGGCCAAGAACAGUCUCAAGUUGCUGAGAAGCCCGUGGAAAAUGGUCGCACUGUCUUCAGACAUAGAGCCAUGGGACACACAGGGUUCACAUCAACAGCUGGAGUUUCCCCGUACGCUCGAGUUCAUGACGUGGCCGAAAUGAGUGUUGGACCACCUGGACUUCCUAUUCCUUCCAAUUAUCUUUUUCCAAUCUCUAAAUCGGAUCCGGAUCCGAGGCUACCAAGCGGGAUAGGCUGGCUCAGGAUGGAACCUUCUAGAAAGGGAAGGCUCCCACCAUUCCCCCAAUCCAUGAGACUGCCUUCUCCCUUUCCGUUUCCGGCCAAUCCUGUACUAGCAUCUUCCUUCUCCUCCGGUCCCACUGUGGUGUUUGAUUACCUGGAUGAAACAAUGGAAGAUGUUCUACCUGCCCCAAGAACCGCAUCUGCUGCCCCAGCCCCCAUCCAGGCUCCGACCUUCAUCCUGCCUCUGCCUGGGCAGAGUGUGGACCAGCUCUGUGUGGACAUUAAGCGCACCCGUGGGCCAUUAUUACUCCUGCUCUCAGACCCUGACCAAGGUCUCGAGGUGAUUGGCGAAUAUGACAUGGAGAAGGCCCAGUUCUCAGUGAUCGAGGUGACUUUCAAUAAUCUCCAGCUGCAGGUCCAUGUGUCCCCUGAGCACGUGGUAGUGACGAGUUACCAAAGGAGCUCUCAGUACAAAUGGAAGGAGACGCUGUUCAUGGUGAUGCCUGGCCUCAAGAUGACCAUGGACAAGGCGGGGCUCCUGCUGCUCAGCAGCCCAGACAAAGUGACCAUCGGCCUGCUGUCCUGGGAUGGCCCUGGGCGGGGGCCUCGGCUGCUCCUGCGGGACACUGACCGCUUCUCUAGCCACGUCGGCGGCCUCCUUGGCCGCUUUUACCAGCGCAUUGCCUGGGGGCCCCCAGAUGCCACAGAUGACAGCAAGCGAACACUGUGGACUCGGGGGUUUGAGUUCAAUGCCACCAGAAAGCUCAAGCUGGAUUACCAAGAGGGGACGCCCAGAACAGAGAUUUCCUGCUGGUCUAUCGAGCUCUGGUUCUGAUAUCAGGAGUUAUAUACCCCCCGCCCACCCCAUGCCACCCCACUGUGUACGAGCGCUGUCAUCCUGUGACCACAGCCACCUGUGGGGUCUCAACCACGAUGGGGAGGGGAGUUCCACUUAUUGCAAAUAAAGGCAGGUACUUUAAACUCAGGGAGUGGGCUUCUCUGGUUUCAUCCAGCCAAACCCCAGGGCUGUAGAACCUCCUCCUGAACACUUAGCAUCAUGUGACAUUGGAAUCUCCCACAAUCAGCCCUCAGAGGCUGUGGCUAGUAGGUCCCUGAGGAGCUUUUGGUCCACUCCCCUCAUUUCAUAAAAUGGAAACUAAUAUUUAGAAAGAUUGAACCACCCCUGUAUAUGUCACUCCAGACCCGAGCUUGGGGCCUAGGGCCGGAAAACAUCCUCUGGGAGCAGAGGUUCAGUUUCAGUCCUUGAAAACCAGUUUUUAUUUAUUUUAUUUUAUUUUAUUUUAUUUGUUA